AUGACUGCGCCCUCGACCGCGAUACAACGCGUCACCUUUGGCGUUGAGCUUGAAAUGCUUGUGGCAUACCUCCCUAUCAAUCAUCCAGACCCAGCUGCCAAUGGGGAGAAAAGGCAGGUUAUUCGCGUCCCCGAACAGGGAGAGGCUGUAACGCCUGGUGAUGUAGUCAAAAAAGUCUUCAGGGACUUUCUUCGAUCCCAUGAAGUCCUCGUUAGCGAAAAUGGCGUUGAAGAAGCUGGCCCCCCGUCAAGUUACUCCGUCGGCACUGACUCUUCUGUGCAAGAAAAGAGAUUUACAGAUUAUCGUUGGCAGGGAAUUGAGAUCCGCAGCCCAGCACUGCACGUCGAGGCCGGUUCUUUUGACGAUAUUAAGCGCGUGAUCAACCUGUUAAGGAACAACUUCCGACUCAGGCUGAAUGAAACCACUGGUCUACAUGUGCAUGUAGGACUUGGUGCUCACCCUUUACCUCCUCGUGCCAUCCGUCGUCUAAGUCAGUUUCUGUGGUGCGCGGAUGGAAUUUUGUCCCAGUUGCACCCCCCAGAGCGUAUACUGAGCCGGUACUCUCCGUCCAUCAGGCAUUCGAGUUACCUCGGUCAAGGCGACGUAGAUCAUUGGCGUCUGGCCGAAGAGAAUUGGGGUGGAAUUCGACGGUAUCUCGGACUGAACCCCGAUUCAAGUCCGCCUCAGCUAGAGGAUCAGGAGAAUCCAGCAGAGGUAAGCAGCCGACUGGCCGUCUUCGAGCAGGAUACUAAUUCGUUCCCUGCUCUCAAUUCUGUUUCAGACUCCCUCCGCUUAUCGCGCCUCCCGGCUAUCCGAGCUCAUCCUUUUGAGGAUGAAGCUGCUCGUCAGCGUCAUUUCAAUAAAACUACAGUGGAACUGGGGCGCUUGACACGCAGAGAGUUUCUUGCACGGGAAGGUGUGCGUGUGUCAAUACUUGACGGCCUUCGUAUUCUAUCCCAGCCGGCAAUGUACGCAAACACCACUCGCGCUGCUCACCAGCUCACGGGAAAGUUUGGGCCGCGGCUCAACUACAACCUCAAUGCUUAUAAUUUCCAGCGAACUGCUGAUGUGCCGCUGCGGAUGACAAUCGAGUUUCGAGAGGCAGCCGGUUCUCUGAACCCAUCGUGGGUAGUAGCUUGGGCCAGAAUCUGUUCCCGAAUCGUAGAAUUCUGCCUUGAAGCCAAGGAAGAUACGUUUGUGGAUCUGCUCAUGUUGGUGUUGGAGGCUGAGCUUGCAUUUGAAGCGAGUGGCGAGUCGCAUUUUGACAUCAUUGAUCUGUUGAAUGAUCUCAGUCUAAUUGAAGAGGCGAACUACGUGGAAAAGAAGAUCCUGAGGGGCAACAAAAACGCCUUCUGGUUCCCCUGCGUUUUGGACGAGGCCAUCACGGGCGAAAUUCUGGUAGCACCAGAAGGCGAGGAGUAA